AAUCCUAAUUCCCUCUGUGUUGAGCCUGCGUUCUGCUCCCGCCGGUCACUCUCCCCCUGAGCGUUAUAUUAAAAGGUUAUCGCCUCUGCGAUAUUUCUUUAUUGGCGUUACCUGCGAGGGCUGCAGGGAAUACAAGAUAAACUUGUUAACCAUCAUGGUUCAAACUGUAGGAAUGAUUGAGGACCGUGGGAAAAGAGGGAGUAACAUGGCAGAAAGAAGGCAGUUGUUUGCAGAAAUGCGAGCUCAAGAUUUGGAUCGAAUUCGCUUGUCUACAUACCGGACAGCAUGUAAAAUCCGAUUUGUACAGAAGAAAUGCAACUUGCAUCUGGUAGAUAUAUGGAACAUCAUUGAGGCACUCAGAGAAAAUUCCCUAAACAACCUGGACCCAAGUACUGAACUGAAUGUGGCCCGUCUGGAAGCAGUGCUAUCAACUAUCUUUUACCAGUUAAAUAAGAGAAUGCCAACUACUCACCAGAUCAACGUAGAGCAAUCCAUUGGCCUGACUUUAAAUUUCCUGCUAGCAGCCUAUGACCCGGAAGGACAUGGGAAGAUUACAGUCUUUGCUGUCAAAAUGGCUUUGGCCACACUGUGUGGAGGGAAGAUUAUGGACAAACUGCGGUAUAUUUUCUCGUUGAUCUCUGAUUCCAGCGGUAUGAUGAUCCAUACGCGAUAUGACCUCUUUCUGAGGGAGGUUCUCAAAAUACCCACUGCAGUAUUUGAAGGUCCCUCGUUUGGGUACACAGAACAGUCGGCCAGGUCUUGUUUUUCACAACAGAAAAACGUUACCUUAAAUUCUUUCUUGGACAUACUUAUGUCUGACCCACCACCUCAGUGUCUUGUCUGGUUACCUCUUCUGCAUCGACUGGCGAAUGUAGAAAACGUCUUCCACCCUGUCGAGUGUUCCUAUUGCCACAGCGAGAGCAUGAUGGGCUUUCGCUACCGUUGCCAGCAGUGUCACAAUUACCAGCUCUGUCAGGACUGCUUCUGGAGGGGGCAUGCCAGCGGUUCCCAUAGCAACCAGCACCAAAUGAAAGAGUACACGUCAUGGAAAUCCCCUGCCAAGAAGCUUACUAAUGCACUUAGCAAGUCUUUAAGCUGUGCUUCCAGUCGUGAACCCUUACACCCAAUGUUUCCAGACCAGCCUGAAAAACCUCUAAACCUGGCUCACAUUGUGCCUCCCAGACCGGUUAACAGCAUGAAUGAUACACUCUUCUCUCACUCUGUGCCCUCCUCAGGUAGCCCAUUCACAAACAAAAUCUCUCAAAAGACUACUGAAGUAGAGCAGAGCAGACAGCUGGCUAGGGCCGCUCCAACUUUGCUGAAAGGAAAAGGGUUACAGUACAGCUUGGAUGUGGCAGACAGGCUGGCUGAUGAACAUGUUCUCAUCGGGGUGUAUGCCAGCAUGCUGCAGAACAACCCUUCAUGUAUGCUUGACAGCCCAAGCCGCCUAGAUGAAGAACACAGAUUGAUUGCCAGAUAUGCAGCCAGGCUGGCGGCAGAAACCACUUCUACAGUUCAGCAGAGAGGGGGUCCAGACAUUUCCUUCACUAUUGAUGCAAAUAAGCAACAGAGGCAGCUUAUAGCAGAACUUGAAAACAAGAACAGAGAAAUAUUGCAAGAAAUCCAGAGGUUGCGAAUUGAGCAUGAACAGGCCUCUCAGCCCACACCUGAGAAAGCACAUCAGAACCCCACUCUGCUGGCAGAGCUCAGACUCCUCAGACAGCGGAAAGAUGAACUGGAGCAGAGGAUGUCAGCUCUGCAGGAGAGCAGACGGGAACUGAUGGUACAACUUGAAGGGCUCAUGAAACUCUUAAAGGAACAAGAACUGAGACAGGCUACUCAAGGGGCGGGUUCCCCUCGCUCUUCUCCAAGCCACACCAUUAGCCGGCCUAUUCCAAUGCCUAUAAGGUCUGCAUCUGCCUGCUCAACCCCAACGCAUACCCCUCAGGACUCUCUGACUGGGGUUGGUGGAGAUGUUCAGGAGGCCUUUGCACAGAGUGCAAGGAGAAAUUUACGGAAUGACUUGCUUGUAGCAGCGGAUUCCAUCACCAAUACUAUGUCUUCUCUGGUGAAAGAGCUAAAGUCAGAUGGUGGGAAUGAAGCAGAGAGCCAUGUGGACCCGGAAUAUGGCAGAGUUCAUUUUGAUGAGUUGGUUCCAUCGCCAACUUCUGAGAAGGCCUUCCUUGCCCAGAUUCAUGCUCGGAAACCAGGGUUUAACCAUAGUUCUUCAGCUACCAGCAACAUUCGCACAGACAUGGGUACAGGUGACUCAUAUGGCAGACAUGAUGAUGAAACCUAUGAGAAUGAGCAGGUGCGCCAGCUAGAAAAUGAGCUGAAGAUGGAGGAGUUUCUGAAACAAAAGCUACAGGAUGAAGCCUACCAGGUCAGUUUGCAGAGCUGAAUGCAGUGUCCUUUCUCCUCCUCUCUCGAGUAGCGACUACUUGCUGUUGAUGGAGCAUGUAACAUCUGUACGGAUGAAGAAGCACCUCUGUCUACAGAGAGGAGAGGACUGCAUCUUUUGGUAGAACGAACUACGUCAAAGCCCCAUGGAAUGUAGCACAGUACAUUUGUUCUAAAACGUGUAGUUUGUAGGUGUGUGUAUAAAAAAAAAAAAAGUAUAUUACAAAGCUUUUAUUUGAAGCAUAAUUAGCAUUACUGGCAAAGAACAAAAA